AUGUUCUUAAUUCAAACAAGACAAGCAUUCAUAAGAAAACCUUGUAUACGUUGGCUUAGUUCUUUAAACACACAGUUUCAGAUAAAGCCUAAAUUGGACUAUGCUUACAUAUCAUCAAACAAGGCAGUCUUUGAACAAAAUAUGCUUAAUAGAAAAUACAAUAAAAUAGACAUGGACCAAUUUGCAGUUUUAUAUCAAAAGAGACUCGACAUCUAUAACCAGCUAAAAGAGUUGAAUGCAGAACGUAAUAAACUAUCUAUGGCUGUCAAAACGGCUAAAGGUCAAGAAAAGCAAGAUUUGAUCGAAAGAGGGAAAAGGAUAAAAAUAAAGGCAAAAGCAUACGAAGAUGACCUAAAGGAAAUAGAGACUGAGCUGUUAACCAAAGGGCUCAUGAUCCCUAAUACAACACACCCUGAUGUUCCUAUUGGACCAGAAGAAAACGCUCGAGUGCUCAAGACAGUAGGCACACCACGCACAGGAAACAAUUUAAAAGACCAUCUACAGAUCACCGCAGACCUCAACCUGCUCGACCUUGAACAAGCAGCUGUCACAAGUGGAUCAAGUUUUUACUACCUUCAAGGCAUGGGCGCCUUCCUAGAACUCGCGUUAAUUAACUAUGCGAUGCAUAAAGCAGUGUCCAAAGGCUUCUUUGGCGUAUUGACACCUGAUAUCGUACGAACUAGUGUCGCUUACGGUUGCGGAUUUCAACCUCGAUCGGAUGAAAAUUCUCAAAUCUAUCAUAUACAAUCUAAUAAUGGAUCUCAACUCUGUCUGGCUGGAACAGCAGAAAUACCCUUGGCAGGAAAAUUUGCAGAAAAGACCUUUAAAGAGGCUCAGUUACCCCAAAAGUUAGUCGGCUUUGGUCAUGCUUUCCGUACAGAAGACGGUGGAAGAGGAGUGGAACCCAAAGGUCUCUAUCGAGUACAUCAAUUUUCUAAAGUGGAGUUCUUUGCGGUGACAACAGCUGAGCAAAGUGAAGAAAUGAUGGAGGAAAUUCGAUCUAUACAGGAAGACAUCUUUAGUGAACUAGGACUUUGCUUUAGAGUUUUAGAUAUGCCCACAGAAGAAUUGGGAGCAAGUGCAUAUCGUAAAUACGAUAUUGAAGCUUGGAUGCCAGGAAGAAACAGCUGGGGAGAGAUUUCUUCUACCUCAAACUGUACAGAUUAUCAAUCACGAAGACUAGGCAUUCGAUACAGAAAAGCACAUAAUGAGAACCAACAAUUGUUUUGUCAUACACUCAAUGGGACCGCCAUGGCUGUUCCGAGAGUCAUUAUUGCUAUAUUGGAAACAUUUCAACAAGAUGAUGGUACUGUUCGCAUACCAAGAGUACUGAGAAAGUGGCUACCUGGGGAACCAGAGUACAUACGAUAA